AUGUCAUUCAACCGUGGUAGCGCUCUUGCAGUGCUUUUGUGUAUCGGAAUCUACUUGUGGCUCGGAGGUAGACUUUCUGUGGCUUUAGCGGGCCUCGUAUUCUGUGGGAUCUUUUAUAAAGAGUUCAAUGGCACUUCAGCAGAAGUGGUUGGUUUGAAUGAAAAGACAGUGGUUGCUGAACCAACUAAGAAGAAGAAGUCUUGUUGUGGAGGCAAAGGUGGUGCGGGAUGCUGUUCAUCAAAAGGUGGCGAGAAGAAGAGCGGCUGUUGCUGCGGUAGUAAAAAGAAAACUGCUGAUAUCGAAGAGUACGUGCCAGUUGCUCCGAAAGAGGAUGCAUAUCCUGAAGAGAUUGAUUUCACUGACGCUUUUAAGCCCGUUAAUAAGUCAAAAAAAUUGGGCGCCAAUGCGAGGCCUCCCAAAGUCUUUUCAAAGCCUGAAUUAAAAAAUGCAUCUAAGCAUGAUGAGGAUCUGGUUAAAAGUGCUAUGACAGUGUCAAAUUCCACUUUAUUGUCAUCUCAAACUUACGUCUUUUACAGUUCGUUGCAAGGUGCAGCUCAAAGAUCUGCUGAAAAGGUGCAUGAUAUUUUAGCAAAAACAGAAGGUUUGCAAUUGCCACCAAUUUUGAUGAAUUUGGAUGAACUAGAUGAUAUCGAUGAGUACUUCGUUUCCAUUCCGUCCGACAACGCUCUUUAUUUCUUGAUUUUACCAUCAUACGAUACAGACUGCCCAUUGGACUACUUCUUGCAGACCUUGGAAGAAAAUUUCAACGAUUUCAGAGUCGACAAAUUCCCCUUGCGUAAGUUGGUAGGUUAUUCAAUCUUGGGUAUCGGUGACCGUGAAUCGUGGCCAGAAAAGUUUUGUUAUCAAGCUAGAAAAGCCGAUCACUGGAUUGCACGUCUAGGAGGUAGACGUAUCUUCCCAGUCGGUGAAGUUUGUAUGAAGACAGGAGGAGACUCAGAAAUAGCGGAUUGGGCCAAUCUGCUUUCCGAUACUUUAAAAGACGAUGAGCCCAUUCUUUAUGAAUACGACGAAACAGUGGACGACGAAGAUGAAGCAGAUGAUCAGUUAGGCGACUUGGAGGAUAUUGGUAAUGAGGGUACUACUGUCGAGUCAGAGAUGAAGCAAAUGGUCGCUAAGGAUAGUCCCACUUUCAAAAAACUUACCAAGCAAGGUUACACAAUUGUUGGUUCUCAUUCUGGUGUCAAGAUUUGUAGAUGGACGAAAAGUGACUUAAGGGGCACUGGAUCCUGUUACAAACACUCGCUUUUCAACAUUGUCUCCAGUAGGUGUAUGGAAUUGACACCAUCCCUUGCCUGCUCAUCAAAGUGUGUUUUUUGUUGGAGACAUGGUACAAAUCCUGUUUCCAAAAACUGGAGGUGGGAGGUCGAUCCACCAGAGUACAUUUUGGAGAAUGCCCUCCAAGGUCAUUAUUCGAAGAUUAAACAAAUGAGAGGUGUUCCAGGGGUCGUAAUGGACAGAUUUGCGAAGGCUUUCCAAGUCCGUCACUGUGCUCUUUCCCUGGUCGGCGAACCAAUCAUGUAUCCUUAUAUUAACAAAUUCGUUGAAUUACUGCAUGAAAAGGGCAUUUCAAGUUUCCUUGUUUGCAACGCUCAGCAUCCAGAAGCUUUGGAAAGUAUUGGUAAGGUUACUCAGCUUUAUGUCUCUAUUGACGCUUCAACCAAACAAGAGUUGAAAAAAGUUGACAGACCUUUGUACAAGGACUUUUGGGAAAGAAUGCUGACAUGCUUGGAUACCCUGCGAACUACACAAUCUCAUCAAAGAACAGUAUUCAGAUUAACAUUGGUUAAGGGAUUCAACAUGGGUGACCUCUCUUCGUAUGCAGAUCUUGUUCAGCGCGGCCACCCAAGUUUCAUCGAAGUUAAAGGUGCUACUUUUGCUGGAUCUUCUGAUGGUAAUGGAAAUCCAUUGACAAUGCAAAAUAUUCCAUUUUAUGAGGAAUGUACGAAUUUUGUAAAGGAGUUUGCCGCAGAAUUGCAAAGAAGGGGACUUGGUUACGAUGUGGCAGCAGAGCAUGCUCAUUCGAAUUGUAUAUUGAUUGCCAACACUAAGUUCAAGAUUAACAAUGAAUGGCAUACGCAUAUUAACUUUGAUAGAUUCUUUGAGCUCCUGAAUUCGGGCAAGGAUUUUGACGCAAUGGAUUACACUGCAAAGACACCAGAAUGGGCUCUGUUUGGCAAUGGAGGUUUCGCUCCUGGGGACACCAGGGUUUAUAGAAAAGGCAAGAAGAAGUCGCAACAGGUAGUUGAUACUAAACAAAAUAUUUAA